UCUUCCCAAUCUCAUCCAAUACUUUUUCUUCCAUUUUCAGCCCAGAUGCAUAUCGCAUUUCUCAUACCUUCUCAUUUCCCUCUUCCUCCGAUCUCAAUCUUCCUUAACCACCGAACCGAUUUCUUCUUCCUCCUUCUUCCUUGCUGCCUCAAUUUUUCCGAAGAUGGGGAAGCAAUCCAAACCCAGAAAACCCGAGGCUUUCGGAAAGGGGAAGGUCACUCCUAUUCAGAUCGCAUUCAUUGUCGACAGGUACUUAUGCGACAACAACUACUCUGAAACUCGCUCCAUGUUCAGAAACGAAGCUUCAUCCCUCAUUGCCAAUUCUCCAAUGCAAGAGGCACCCAAGACAUUGUUGAGUUUGGGAGAGAUGUUGGACGAGUAUAUCUGCUUGAAGGAGCUGAAGGUCGUAUUGGACCAGGAAAGAGUCCGUAUGGAUCAAGAAAAAUACAGGGUUCAGAUGUUAUUGCAAGGCAUGCAGAAUGUUAUGAACGCUUAUAAUGCAAGUGGGAGCCUUCCAGGACCUGCGCCAAAUCUCCCAGCAUCUGCCGCCAAAUCUAUGGUUCCUCAACCUCAGAUUAGCAACAAGUCUCCCUCCGGCAAUCCUACUCCAAUGCAAAACACAAUGAAUAUACAAAUUCGGCCUCAAUCUACCAACACCCAUGCAGAGGUGACACCCAUGAUGAAUCUGUCAGACCGAAAGAGAAAGGAUGCCAAAGUCAUGGAUGCCCCUUCAGCUGCAAAGAAAUCACGUGGUAGAUCGUCUGCCCGGAAAAUUCCAAGCCUAGGUCCAAACACACUACCCCAAUCUGAUAAUGCUGUGAAUGAUCAAUUAAUUGCUCAGCCCUCUUGUGCUGUUCAAUCAUCACCUGACAAUUGCAUGCCCGAUGGGACACAGGUUCAAGGAUCUACUGUUGCUAAAUGCUUGUUCAAUGAACCUUCACAUUCUAUUCCAGCCAAUUCGCCAAUUCUAAAGACGCUUCCGAGAGCAAAUUCCUCUCACAGUGACACGCAUGUAUCUCCGCCUGAGAUUUCUUCAGUUGCAAAUUGCAACAAAAGCCAUGCUUCUCGGGAGAUUACUCCCACUCGUUGCACUGUAAUUUCAACCAAAAGAGUAAUGGUCAGUCCUGCAAAACAGAUGGCUUACAUAGAGAGGCGCCAUUGCAUUUCUCCUCUUAAACCAGAUUCAGAAAAGACAAGUAAGAGGGAGCAUGUAAGGAGCAGGUUGGACUUUGAUGGCUCUGAUAUGCCAGAGAGCUUGGACAAGCCAUCAUCUAAUGACAUGUCCAGUUCCGAGUCUGAUAAAGAAAUGGACAUUUUUGACAUUGACUUUCCUAACUUAGAUGCUUUGGGAAUGGAUUUCUCGUUCACUGAGAUGUUAGGGGAACUAGACCUUCAUUGUGAAGGCAUUGACUUUUCUUGCCUCCCAACAUCAAACCUGUCCGAGGAUAAUGCUUCAGGGCCAUCUAAUGACUGUGAUCAGGCUAACCAAGUCAUGUCUGAAAUGUCUCCAAACGCGGCAGAAGUCCUAUCGGAGAAGGAAAUGAAUAUACAAGGUCCUGAUUGUUUGACUGCAAUGAAAUCCGUCACAAAAUGCAUAACAAUUUUAAGCCCUGUGAAAAACCACCAGCGCCUGCUGGAUCAAGACGACUCUAGGAGAGGGUGAUUUGUCAAGAAUGAAGAUGUAAAGAAUAACUCAGACUGACUUGGCACCUGCACUUGCUGCAGGAGAUUCUUGUGUUCCGAAAGAUGGCUUCUUGCAGUUGCUCGUUUAGGAUAACUCAUUCAUUCACACUCAGAUUACAUCAGCCUAAUUUAGAUUAGUUAUAUUUUGAUGGUAACUACCCAUGUUUAGCCAAUUAGUAUGUUUAGAUUAUCCGAAAUAGAUAAAUUAUUGUAUACAGUGGUAAGAAUGGAUAAUGAGAAGAACAGGUGAAUAUCGUAAACACUGGUAUUGCGUAAUCAAGAGUUUAAGCAUUGAAACCCGUAACUUCAAAAAGGUAGGUUUAGUUUUUCCCUUGCAGUCUCCAGAAACUGAAAGGAACAAAAAGGAAUUCCAGGCGGAAUUUUCUAUUGGGUUAGACGAUGUGCUUCCGUGGACCGUUUGCCUGAAUCAGGGUGAUAAGGCCUGAUGAAAAGCAAUUCUUUAAUAUUCAUUUUUAUGGGGGAACAAAUUGCCAGUCAAUCUGUUUAUUGCUUUUUGACUGGUGGUGUUGCCUUCAAAAUGAUUCCUUAAUAAAUACACUUUUCUUUGGAUGAAUCUUA